GAGAAUUGAGAGAGCAUGAUAGGCUCUGCAGCGAGGGAGAGUCAAGAGGAACAAGAACACCUAGACCGAGACGGAACGGAGAACCUUGCACCAACACAGACAGAGCCCGACCAAACACAGCACAGCAGCCAGCAAAGCCUCAAACCUUGCACCAUCACUUCCAGCUCCACCGGGGCAGCAGCAAGCCACCAGCCGCCGCCGCCGCACCAGCAGCAGCACGGCACUCGAAUCUCCUUGCUGCGGCAAGCGAAGCAGCAUCCCACGGCAGCUCGCGCAGCAGCGACGCGGUGGAGUCUGGCUGGAGAUCGAUUUCCUGCAACCCCUGACCCGUUUCCUCCCUCCGCGUCCGAGGAAGUGCGCGCUAGCGAAGUUCAUUCUUUAGCAGUGCUGAGCUCAUGCUUCCCAAAACUGGUGUGAACUGUGAAGUGCCUUUGUCCUUAUUUUGUGACUGAGCUGUAUACAAAGAGAGGUUGGAUUGGAGGAAGAAUAUAGUGGAUAUUUACUUGUGGAUAUAUUUUCUGGUAAUUGGAUUCACGUGGAAUCGCUUUCCUGAGAGAUGCCGUCCACUAAGCCGCCAUCAGUGCCACCAGCACCAAGCCUGCAACUUUCACCAUCAUCUGCAGCACGACAGAGCACUCGUAUUGACCUUCGUGAGAUCAAGUCCAAGAUUGUUAAGAGGAUUGGGCCAGACAGAGCAAAGAAGUAUUUUCAACAUCUGGAGAGGUUCUUAUCUUCAAAAUUGAGCAAGAAUGAGUUUGAUAAGCUCUGCCUUGCAGCACUUGACCGUGAGAACCUCUCAUUGCACAACCAUCUCGUCCGUUCUAUCCUUCAUAAUGCCUGUGCAGCAAGUGGCCCUCCUGCAAGUUGUGCUUCUAAGUUGAUUGGGGAUGUCACCAGUUCAGAAUAUACAGUGGUUCCUCCUGUCUGGAAUGGUGACACUUUGAACCAGCAUGUCAAAGACAAACAACCAUUGAGCAAAAGUGUAAACACAUUAACGCAGCAUUCACCAAUGAAUCAUCAUGGUGAUAAUGUUACUAGGGAGAAUGGUGCUCCAUAUUUGCUUGAUCCGAAGAGACAUACACAGGUUCAGCAAAGUGAGCAUGUGGAGCCACUUACCAAGCACUCACGCGUGGAAAAGACACCACUAUUUUUCUAUGGGUCUCCACAUAGCAAUGGCCCUUCUUCUGUAGAUGCUAGAGAAACCAUGGAAGAAGAAAUUAUACACCAUGCCCAAGGUUUGGUGCAAGCUCCAAUUGGGAUUCAGUUUGGUGCUGCUACUUCUGGUCGGACUCUCAUACCUUCCUCCCUUGGUUCUGUCACUUCAGAUGAUAGCUCUAUUAAUUGUUAUGAACUUGGUGAAUUAUGUGAUACUUUAUCACUCAGAAUGAAAAUGGAAAAAACAGCAGAAGUAGAAGGUUUGGAAGGGGUUUCAAUAGAGUGCGCUAAUUUGUUGAAUAAUGGAGUUGAUGUUUUCUUGAAGCAGUUGAUUGGAUCUUGUGUUGAGCUUGCGGGAACAGGAUGUCAACAUGGCAAACUUAGCCAUGCAGCAUUGAAGCAGAAGCUAUUCCGGAAGCUAAUAAACGGUGUAUCACUGCAAAAUCAAGCCCAUAUGCAGGGUGGGAUUACACCUCCAGGGACUAGAUCGAUCUCAAUGCAAGACUUAAAGACAGUGUCAGAACUAAACCCUCAUCUCCUUGGGCGUAACGCAUCAGUGCUACUUGAAAAGAUUAAUUCACAUGACUAAUUGGGUGGACCAAGAUGGAAUUUUCUCGCUACAAGAUUGUACAACUUGAUGGUGCCUCUUGCUUUAUGGCCGUCGAUUCAGGUCAUAACUUAUUGAUGUGUGAUAGAGACUGGAGAAGGAACACAAACUUUGUACAUUCUGCUGGUGAUGCGAAAUCUCAUCUUCAUGGAUAGAUUCCGAAAUAAGCAAAGUUCUGCUUAUCUUCUAGAGGUCUGGAGGCUGCAGAGUAGACCCUUCAAUUUUCUGCAUCUAAGCACCAGUAAAAAGGCACAAGUGCUUCACACUGAACUAUGGUGCAUGGCUCCAGAUGAACUGAAGCAGUAUUCUCUGAGCCCGUGCUUGCGAGCCAGGAUCUGCAAAAUAUGUUUUUUCCUAUCUACAGCAGAUGUAUCCAACACAUGACACGAAGCCAGUCGCCUCAGUUUGCAAGGAUUUGCUCCAAGUCGCAAGAUUGUACAUGUCUCGGAGCUUUCACAUAUAGAGGAAAUGCAAUAAGACACUCUGCUCUCUACUGACUGCUGUGUAAGCAUUCUCAGCUCUGUAUAAUCAAUGUAACACGUGUAGCAUCACUAAAAAUGUAGCUUCUGGUGCUUGAACACUGAACCUUCUUUUUUGGGAUCUUCUGCAAGAUAAAAAAUUUAGAACAGUAUGUCAACCCUGAUAAUACGUACCUUGCUAAUUUUACUUCUCUCUAUCUUUGAUGUCCUAAUGUGAUAAAGCAAACUGGUUAACACUGGUUAAUUUGACAUAGCAUUAGUUGGGAAUAUAUUUAUCAUUUCCCAAGAGUUUCUCUUCCUUCUGUAAACGAGUUUACCUUGUACAAGUAAUCGGGAACCAAUGCAUAUCGUGCCUUCAGACGACU